AUGCCCGCUCACGCAGCGUCUCCAGCGCCUCGUCCGCUGGGGCUCCCCCCCACCCUACUUCCAAUUCAUAUCUUCGCACCUCAUGUGACUUGUGCAAACGCCUCAAGAUCAAAUGUGAAAAGCAAGGUGACAGCUGUCUUCAUUGCCUUGACCGCGGGGCAGCAUGUGUCACGACGCUGGUUGAGCGCAAGAAGAGGCAGCCAACAAGGUCUUAUGUUCUUCAAUGCUUUGGCACCAGGCAUAUUGACAACUCCCAGGUCCACAUCCCUUAUUGAUAUUGAGAACCGCAUCAAGCGCAUGGAAUCACUUAUCACCGCCUCUGGUUUGGAUACUCAGUCGAACUCGGUUGCAGCGUCCUCUCCAGCGGCGUCCGACUCCUCUCUCACAAAUCCCAUCAAACUGACUGAUCGAUUAUCAACUUUAAUGAUUAAUGAGAACGGAAAGACACGCUUUCUGGGUGGCUCAUCUGGGUUCUCUCUCUUUUCUCCGCAAGGACUUGAAUGGAUAACUCAAAAAACAGGCUCCGAUGAACUAUCACGAUUUAUACAUGAGUUAGUGGCCAAUGUGCAAACUCGUUCUGACAAGACUACCGCCGAACUCUAUCGUCCACCGUUCGCUUCUGAGAGAGAGCCCCUUCCACCUAAGCAUAUUGCGGACCGCUACGUUGAUUCUUUCUUUGAAUCAUAUAAUAAACUUAUCCCAUUGUACGAUAGGGCGGCUUUCGACCAGAACUACGAACUUCAGUAUUCCGGACACCCGCCCAGCGGUCCUGCUUGGUACGCAUCCCUGAAUACUGUUCUUUGUCUCGGGUGUCUACUCCUCCAAGUACGCGCAAGGAGCAAUGCAGCAGACAACCCCGAAAAUCGAAUCUGGAAAAAGUACCUUCGCAAUGCUAGUGGUUGUUUGCUCGAUUUAUUAUUCGGAGAAGCGUCCCUAGAGGCGAUACAAGCUUUGAUUGGAAUGGCUGUUGUGCAGCAAGUAAAUCUAGAACCGCAAGCCGUCUACAUGCUAGUAGCAGCGGCGGGACGCUUGGCUUAUGGAAUUGGGCUCCAUCGGAGCGUAAACGACUCGGGCCUGAGCGAAGUUGAAAUUCUCCAAAGACAAAACCUGUUCUGGGUUGUCUACAUUAUGGACAAAUCCAUUGCUUUACGACUAGGGCACCCUUCCGUGAUGAACGACGAUGAUAUUGGCAUUGACCUGCCACUUGAAAAGGGUUCAGGUGAAGUAAGGUCUGAUAGUACAACUACUAGAGCAGGAAUGUUUCGAUAUAAUGUGCAACUAGCAAGACUUGAAAGUCGCAUCUACUCAGCGCUAUACUCAGCUCGUGGUCAGACUAAAUCGCCUAUGGAACGAAUGAGACUCGUUGGUGAAUUGGACAAGGCGGUUGUAGAAUGGAAAGAGCACUUGCCCGUGGAGAUACGACCGGAAACGCCUAUCCAAUGCCAGGAAGAUCUAGUCCUGCCAAUUGUUUUGAUGCAUUUCGCAUACUUUAAUUGCCUUACCCUUAUUCAUCGCGCUUCUGUACACCACGGUUCCUGGACCAGCAUUCAUCAUAAUCAGCACACAGACACCGUGCAAGACGACGGGAGACUGAAUCCACGCGUGUAUGCGAGCCACGCAAUAUGUCUAGCGGUUGCAAGACAGUCUAUUCAGCUUCUGAACUUAGUCGACUUUGAAACUCGAGCGGUUGGAAAAAGUAGUCUCUGGAUGCUUCUGUACCACCCUAUCUCCAAUUUUUUGACCUUGUUCGCCAAUACUCUUCAAAAUCCCCAGGAUCCGCAAGCCGUACCAGACCUGAGACUCAUGGAUACCGUUAUCUCUUUGCUUUCGGAACCCGCUUUCCAUGUUAACGUCGCCACGACAAACACUGCUCAACUAUUCAUACAAUUGAGCAAUGUUGCCAGGAAAUUGGUUGAACGGACCAACUCCGGUGUAGCCAAGCCGACAAAGCGCAGUCGAGACGAAUAUGAUCCUAGACAAGACAACAAUUCUCAGAUCUCAGCCCAGGACUUUCAAGUGUAUGAGACAUUACCAGAGUCAGAGAUCUCUAGACAACAAAGCUGCUCUACUAUAUCAUUCUCCAUCCAGCCGCAUAUUGCCAAGGGCACAAACAACGUUGAGAAUCUAACAACUUCAUCUCUCGAUUCGUAUGGCUCUGGAGACAUGUUCCAGCAGCAUAUCAGCAAUCCACCAGUCCUAUUCUACCCAUCUGAUCCAAUCGAGGGCGAUCUAUUUGCUAUGUCUGAUACACUGAUGAUUCCAAACAGUACCCUGCCAUAUUCGGAUCAUAUUUCGUUCGCGCCAAUCACGACGGAUUACUUCGAGUGGAACUUGGCCAACUUGUGGAGUUUUGGGCAGAGUAGUUAA